AAAUGGCGCGAAAGUAACCGGAAAUUAAAAGUAUGUUGCAUUCUGGGAUACUCCUCAACUGCGCAUGGCAUUAGUAAUCAUACCAAAAUGGCGGAUUGGGACGAUGAAAAUUUCGAGCCGACAGGUUUUGAUGACAAAUCAAACACCGAUAAAUGGGAAGGCGAGGACGAAGAAGACGACUCGGUGAAGGACAACUGGGAUGAUGAUGAUGAGAGUGAAGAAAAGAAAAACGAAGUAGAUGAAGUUACAACUGCAGCAAAAGCAACCAAAAAGAAGCGGACAUUAAAAGAAGCAAUAAAAGAAAAAGAAGCCAAGAAAUUAGAAGAACAGAAGUUGAAAGAAGAAAUGAGAAAGAAAAUGGAGGAGGAGGAGGAAUCUGAACCUAUGACUCAAGAAGAAAUAAUGGCAGAGAAAUUACGGCAACAAAAAUUAGUUGAAGAUUCAGAUUUACUAUUAGCUAUGGAUACAUUUGGAAGCAGUAAAGAAGAAAUAACAGGAAAGAAAAGUUUAGAUUCAAUGAACCCYUCAACACGGGAAGAAUUUACAGAAUAUAGUAAAUUACUGGUUGAUAAGCUUUCUAAAUUUGAAUCCAAUGUAGUUUAUGUGCAAUUCCUAGAAGAUACUUUAAGAGAUUUAUGCGCAAGCAUGGAAGCUGAUGAUAUCAAAAAAUUAUCUCAUUGUUUAAACCUUCUACAUACAGAAAAGAUUAAAGCACAAAAGGGCAAAACAAAAGGCAAAACCAAACCAAAGAAAGUAGSUUUGACCGGAGGAAAAGCAGGCAAGAAAGAUGAUAUGGAUUACAAUGAUUAUGGAAAUGAAUUUGAUGAUUUUAUGUAGAAAAUCCCCACAAACUGUCAAAUCACUAAUGGUAUUAAAAAAGUUGGAAAUWUCUGUUCUCAUCGCAACAAAUUUGUUGCACAUCUAUACUGAACAUUACAAGACAACUGUACAACUAGAUAGUAUGCUGCCACUUCCUAGUUUCUUUUGAUAUUCAAAGGAUGCAGUAUCUAGAAUGCUAAAGAAAAUAUAUUAAUAAUUAUAAAAGCAUUCAAAGUGGGAAACUUCAUAAUGGUUGAGAUCAAUAACAAUGCAUAUUAUCUACUUUUACAGUAUCCAACUUUAUUAAUAGAUUAUUUUCUUAGGUUAGCAAUAAAAUUGAAAACUAAUGAUAUAAGAAUUGGUCUUGUAUUCAAAAACAUCGAAAGCUUUUCUACUAUCAUUUGAAAUGCCUUCAUGCUGGUACUUUUCACUUGAUUGACAGGAAAACAAUGUGUAUUCUUAUUUUCUUAGGUUAGCAAUAAAAUUGAAAACUAAUGAUAUAAGAAUUGGUCUUGUAUUCAUAAACAUCGAAAGCUUUUCUACUAUCAUUUGAAAUGCCUUCAUGCUGGUACUUUUCACUUGAUUGACAGGAAAACAAUGUGUAUUCUUAUUUUCUUAGCAACAUCACUAAGGUGUAAUAAAAUAAAUUAUGACCAACA